CUCAUACUUAAAAGCGAGGGUAAGAGAGAAGCUUAGUUGGAAACCCUAGUGGAUUCGAGAGUGAGAGAGAGAGCUUUUGUGCCUUCCAUUAAUCAUUAGUAAGCCGUAGGGUUUAGCUUAUACAACUACGAUAGGAUCGUGCGGGUCUAAAGGAGGUGUUUCUGAGCCCGGCCAAAGAUUUAUCUCCGCUUCUGGUUGUUCCGGUGGAGACACGGCGGAGAUGAAGGGUCUUUUCAAAUCCAAGCCGCGGAGUCCGGCUGAUAUUGUUCGACUGACUCGCGAUCUCCUCCCCUACACCGAUCGAUCUGUCUCCUUCCCUGACCUUAAAGAGUCCAAACGCGAGGAAAAGGUGGCGGAACUAAACAAGAGCUUACGAGAUUUGAAGGUAAUACUCUAUGGAAACAGUGAGGCUGAGCCUGUAGCCGAAGCUUGUGCACAGUUGACUCAGGAGUUCUUUAAGGGUGAUACUCUUCGCCGCUUGAUCACAUCUCUUCCAAAUUUGAACUUGGAGGCCAGGAAAGAGGCUACACAAGUUGUUGCGAAUCUUCAGAGGCAACAAGUCAAGUCACGGCUUAUUGCAUCUGAUUAUCUUGAAUCCAACAUUGAUCUUAUGGAUAUUCUAGUGGAAGGCUUUGAAAACACAGAUAUGGCGUUACACUAUGGUACUAUGUUUAGAGAGUGCAUUCGCCACCAGGUUGUUGCAAAAUAUGUUUUGGACUCGGAGCACGUGAAGAAGUUUUUCUACUACAUACAGAUUCCCAAUUUUGACAUUGCUGCUGAUGCUGCUGCAACUUUUAAGGAACUUCUGACAAGGCACAAGUCUACAGUUGCUGCGUUUCUCACUAAGAAUGAAAACUGGUUUUUUGCAGACUACAACUCAAAGCUUCUUGAGUCAAGUAAUUAUAUAACCAGACGGCAGGCUACUAAGUUAUUAGGCGAUAUAUUACUGGAUCGGUCAAACUCAGCUGUGAUGACGAAAUAUGUGAGCUCAAUGGAUAACUUGAGGAUUCUCAUGAAUCUUCUGAGAGAAUCAAGCAAGAGCAUUCAGAUAGAAGCUUUCCAUGUUUUCAAGCUGUUUGUAGCAAACCAAAACAAGCCUUCAGACAUCAUCAACAUUCUGGUGGCAAACAGAAACAAGCUUCUGAGAUUGUUGGCUGAUAUCAAGCUGGACAAUGACACCGAGGACGAGGUCGAGAGGGAGAGGUUUGAAAGGUUUGAAGCAGACAAAGCUCAGGUGGUGAGAGAGAUUGCAAGCCUUAAGCUCAGUGGCGGACUUACCUAGUAUCAACGUCGUGUUUGUGCCCUUGAUUUAGUCAGAAAUAUUUACUCUUGAUCUCAUUAAUUCAAUUUUCUACAUUAAUUUGUUUUUAUCGGUCCAUAGUUUAAACUUAUUCACAUGUAUUAGUGUCGAUAAAAUAAAAUAGCAUUAUUAUCU